AAAGACCCAAUUCGGCCUGGCGUGGACAGCAGGAGAGAGAAGGCCCGACAUGCCUCAGGCGUCAACAUUCGGUGGGCAAGCAUCUGCCCGUGUGCAAUUCAAUGUAUCGAGCUUCGCAUGCACAUGCUUUCGCCGAUGAUCUCUCCGAAGAGUAUCGAGGCGUGCAGUUCUAGUUGACUUAAGUUCCGCGGGCGGACUACUCUCCUAAAAACAUGCCCGUCUCUGCGACCCAGGAGCGAAUCCUGCUGAACCAAUACCAUCUGACCACACUCGAUCCUAUCGAAUGGCCGCACGCCGCUGACGACGAGUCCGAGGAGGAAGACGACGACGAUGAUACUGAAACGAAAACCGACGAAAGGCCUUCAAAUGGGAGAAGAAAUCGCUCGAAUACGACCUCGAAAGCUUCACGCAUCCAAAAGAUCAAUCGCCAUGCCAGCCUCCGUUCGUCAAUCUCUGGCGGACAAAUCAGCGUUCAGAAAGAUGAACCAGAUGCGCUGGGAAUGGCGCCCAGUGUUGCGGCUGAAUUGCGAAAACGUGGACUGCCGGUCGAGGAAGAUUUGAGUCUGCGCAAUCGCUUCAUGUUAAGCUCCACCACCUUCAAUCCUCAGCUGUACCUCUCCCAGGUGCACCAGUCCGCGAGCACGGCGGACUUGCUGCGAGGUCUGGACUUUCUCAGUAAAAGCAUUGAACAAAAGUCGGCGUCCCUGAAAGUUCUAGUGGAGAGCAAUUUCGAGCGAUUCGUGCGCGCAAAAGCCACGAUCGAUUCUGUCUACACUGAAAUGCGCACUCAGGGUGUAGAUGAAUCCACAACCUCGCCAAAUCCUCAGGCAGCUGGGCUCCUUUCACAUUCGCGGCACACCAGUCGAGGCCAGAGUCACUUUCGAAACCAAAGUGGCACGUUCGGAGGCCCGGGUGCUAGAGCUGCGCAGCUGGACAAGAAAAAGACGGCGUUGACAAAGGAAUCGGAGUACGGUGUCGCGGGUAUCAAAACUCCAUUGCAAGAGGUUGCAAUCAAAGCGGAAGAAGUAUGGGGUCCAGCGUUGGGAGGUCGUGAGAAGGAAGAAACUCUGAAAGCGGUCAUGACAGCACUGGAACAACAUAAAGAUGUCUUUCGCGUGAGCGGAAAUCUCUACGACAGCAUUAAAAAGAACGAUUUCGACGGUGUCAUUGACGCGUAUAAACAAGCCAAACAGCAUGUUGAGAGAGCGAGACGAAUCGCAAACUUGGCGAGCGACAACAAUAUCCGGCUAGGAGACGCGGAUGUGCAGCAGAUUAUCGUGACAGCCCGGAUGUGGCACGAUGCGACCGUUCAGACCGAAGAAUUCAAAAACGACAUCUGGAAGCGCUUGAAAACCUCUCACGGACGUUCGGCGGCGGCAAGCGUGGACGGAUCGGAUAAAGAGCAACAUAUGGAGUUGAUUGGACUGCUACUUCAGCUCGGUGUUGAUGAAAAUCCCAUCUGGGAAUGGAUCAACAGCCGAUACCUCUACCUCAAGGAAAAAAUCGCUCGAUCAUUUGAAAGAAGCCGGGUUGAAAUUGAGAUCCAGCGACGGAAACUCACACACAUCACCAAAAUAGACGAUCAUGCCCUAGCACGACACUUACGCUCGGCGUCAAGUCUGCCGGGCACACUUGUCCUCAAUCGCAAGGACAACAACACUCGCGACAUGGACUCGACCACGGUAAUUCUGUUCUGGGAGAAAGUUCACUCUGCGCUUACUGCGCUGCUGUCCUCGUCGACAGGAGUCCUAGGGGAAGUGCUAGAAUGGUGGGAAGUCGCGCAAUCUUUUAUAACAAAUCAAGCACAGAAGUCUUUUCCGGUCGGUGUCUUUGCUGCUGGUCUGGAACAUCUCCAAUUGGAUCCCGAUCACGUCCGAAACAUCCGUUCAGGAGCAGUGCGACUUCUCCAACUUAUCCGAGAGUCAGUACAUACAUUCUUUGCGGACCCGCCUGUCGAUGAUCUCAGCGAGCUCUACAAUGCAGUCCCACAAACUCCCAUUUCACCAGCCGCCAUGUCUCCAGCAGUAGAGGCCCGAAAAGAAUUCUCUUUCGAUCUUGGCGCCGUUACCCCACCUAUCGCCGUUCGCGAUGGUAAUUCAGAAAAGUUUGCGUUUUGGGCACCAGGUUCAAACUCUCUGUCUACCUCACACUACCUCGCUCGUCUGCUCGCGUUGGUCGGAAGUGCUGCUGGAGAAAUGGCAGGUCUGGAAGUCGUCAAGCAAUCACCACCCCAGACAAAGCCUGGCAGCACUACAUUGAGUGUUGAGAACCUGAAGAGUCUCGUUACGAUGGUCCGAGAGCGAUGCAUUGCGGCUCUCUGCGCUGCUUGGCUUGCGGAUGCUGCUCGAUGUCGUGUUCUGGAGACAUGGCACCGCAGCCCUGAGCGUCGUGACCUUACCUUGAUGCCGCUUGCUUUCGAAGCGUGGAUGGAGCGGGUCCUCUCAAAUGUGCAGAAAUUAGCAUAUGUGGCCGACGCUCGACCUGCAAGUGAAGUCGUCGUUCCGCCGCCUGCGAAGCUUUUGGGCAUCGUGAGGAGUACUUUCGUCACCGGUCUUUACAAGGGUCUUAGUGGAAUGGUCGAGAAUGCUGAAGGCGUAAAGCCUGGCAAGAAUGGCAGUCUGGAUCCAAAUAGCAAAGAUACUGAGGGAGAUAAUGCGGUGAUCAGAAGGAUGGGCUCGAGUGCGGCGUUGCGAGGUCUGCUGGGCGCUGCUAAUGAUGAGGAAGAAAUCACCACGACGGGCAUGAUGAUGGAGGCGGUAGACGGAGAAGACAAGAGCGUUCGUCUUUUGCUGACGUUGUCCAACUUCAAUCACCUCCGCGCCAUUGCCAUCCCGCAUCUUAUCACGCACUACGAAACACUUUUCAGCGUCAAGCUCACCGACGAGAGCAAAACUCUUCGCGAUGUCCUUACUCAAAUAGACAGUCGCCUCUUCCAAUCCUACACCACACCUACGGCCGAGAAGCUGACCGCCAUCAUCACCGCCGGCAUCAACAGCAGAACGUGGUCACAAGGCACUGAAGCUGGCGAGAGGAAACCCAACGACGUCAAACCCUACAUCUACGCUUCCCUCCUCACCCUCGUCCUCGUCCACGCCGAAGUGACAGGCACCGUCCCACCCAUCACAUCUGCCCUCCCAACCGAGUCCAGCUCUACAAGCUCACCAACCAUAACCACAGCCCCCAGCCUACCCACCACAACAUCACCACUGAUUCACCGCAUCCUCACCUCCCACCUAACUCACGCCUCCCAAACCCUCCUCACAACAUUCCGCAAGCGCGAGAAAUUCUCCCUCGCAGACCUCAUCCAAGCGACCCUGGAUGUCGAAUUCUUCUCCCAAACCCUCCACGCAUACGCUUCGGACCCGGCAUCUUCUUCGCAAAGCGAUUUGUACCUCGCGAUGGAUGAGCGCACGGAUCAUGAUGCGAGGAGCGCGCUGCAGAAUGAACUUCCGGAAAUGCGUGCCGUUUUGAAGAGGUUGAAGGAAGGCACGAGAGGGGAGUUUUCGUGCUUUAGAAGGCAAGCGAGAGAGCCUGUGGGUGCGAGUGGGGAGACGAGGGGGCGGGGGAGGACGGCUACGAAUGGUGGAGGUCCGCCGAGGAGUUGAACAUGACGUCUUGUAUAGGUUCAAGUACCCGAAAAUCACGUGUGAAAUCCUAUCAAUUUUCGUGAUGUUAGUCCAUACUGUUCAUUUUUUCAAUUGCAAUUGAUUGUUGAAUUGUGUUGAGAGCUGAUGUUGGAAUUGGUUGGCAUAAUUUGCAUUAGGGCACAAAAUUGUGUACCUCUCAUUGAUAUUCAGGGGUCAAAAUUC